UAACCCUGGCAGGCUGCUCAGGAAGUGCCGUCCCCGCGCCCCCUCCCCCGGCCACGCCGCCGCGCUCGCUCCCUCCCUUCCUGCGCGCGGGCCGGCGAGACGGCGGCGGGGACGGCAGGCGGAGGCCCCGGCGGGCGGCCGGCCGCGGGCUCCCAGAAGAAGCACUGAGACCCAGAGAGGCUCACACACAGGGAUUCAACACCACGCCACUAACUGAAGCCUCCAAAAGGAGCCUGGUGAUGCUGCCCAGGCUGUGAACAGAGAAGGCAGCGCUGUGGGGGCUGCCAGCAGCCGGGGCUAGGGAGAGACAUGUGGACACGUGGCCUCUAUGGCUCCCGCCUGCCAGAUCCUCCGCUGGGCCCUCGCCCUGGGGCUGGGCCUCGCGUUCAAGGUCACGCACACCUUCCGGUCUCAAGAUGAGUUCCUGUCCAGUCUGGAGAGCUAUGAGAUUGCCUUCCCCACCCGGGUGGACCACAACGGGGCACUUCUGGCCUUCUCCCCCCCGCCCCCCCGGAGGCAGCGUCGGGGCACAGGGCCCCAAGCAGAAUCCCGUCUCUUCUACAAGGUGGCUGCACCCAGCACCCACUUCCUGCUGAACCUGACCCGCAGCCCCCGCCUCCUGGCGGGACACGUCUCCGUGGAGUACUGGACUCGAGAGGGCCUGGCCUGGCAGAGGGCCGCCCGGUCCCACUGCCUCUACGCCGGCCACCUGCAGGGCCAGGCCGGCAGCUCCCACGUGGCCAUCAGCACCUGUGGGGGCCUGCAUGGCCUGAUUGUGGCAGAUGAAGAAGAAUAUUUAAUCGAGCCCCUGCAAGGUGGGCCCCAGAGGCACCAGGGCCCAGAGGAUAGCGGCCCCCACGUGGUGUACAAGCGUUCCUCCCUGCGUCACCCCCACCUGGACACAGCCUGUGGAGUCAGAGAUGAGAAACCGUGGAAAGGGCGGCCAUGGUGGCUGCGCACCCUGAAACCACCCCCUGCCCGGCCCCUCGGGAAUGAAACAGAGCGAGGCCAGCCAGGUCUGAAGCGCUCAGUCAGCCGGGAGCGCUACGUGGAGACCCUGGUGGUGGCUGACAAGAUGAUGGUGGCCUACCAUGGGCGCCGGGACGUCGAACAGUACGUGCUGGCCAUCAUGAACAUUGUUGCCAAACUUUUCCAGGACUCAAGUCUGGGAAACAUCGUUAAUAUCCUGGUAACACGUCUCAUCCUGCUUACAGAGGACCAGCCCACCCUGGAGAUCACUCACCAUGCCGGAAAGUCCCUGGACAGCUUCUGUAAGUGGCAAAAAUCCAUCGUGAACCGCAGCGGCCAUGGCAAUGCCAUUCCGGAGAACGGCGUGGCCAACCAUGACACAGCGGUGCUCAUCACGCGCUAUGACAUCUGCAUCUACAAGAACAAACCCUGCGGCACACUAGGCCUGGCCCCCGUGGGCGGGAUGUGUGAGCGCGAAAGAAGUUGUAGCAUCAAUGAGGACAUCGGCCUGGCCACGGCAUUCACCAUUGCCCAUGAGAUCGGACACACGUUUGGCAUGAACCAUGAUGGCGUGGGGAACAGCUGUGGGGCCCGUGGCCAAGACCCAGCGAAGCUCAUGGCCGCACACAUCACCAUGAAGACGAACCCAUUUGUGUGGUCCUCCUGCAGCCGUGACUACAUCACCAGCUUUCUGGACUCCGGCCUGGGGCUCUGCCUGAACAACCGGCCCCCCAGACAGGACUUCGUGUACCCCACCGUGGCCCCUGGCCAGGCCUACGAUGCAGAUGAACAGUGCCGCUUCCAGCAUGGAGUCAAAUCGCGUCAGUGUAAAUACGGGGAAGUCUGCAGCGAGUUGUGGUGUCUGAGCAAGAGCAACCGGUGCAUCACCAACAGCAUCCCGGCCGCCGAGGGCACGCUGUGCCAGACGCACACCAUCGACAAGGGGGUGAGAGCCGGCCACGGGCCUCCACGCCGCCGCCGCCAGACCCCUUCGACCCCAUCGUGGCUCUGGCCACGCCUACUGUCUGCAGUGGUGCUACAAGCGGGUCUGCGUCCCUUUCGGGUCGCGGCCCGAGGGCGUGGACGGCGCCUGGGGCCCGUGGACUCCGUGGGGCGACUGCAGCCGGACGUGCGGCGGCGGCGUGUCCUCCUCCAGCCGUCACUGCGACAGCCCCAGGUCAGCCCUCAGGCCCCUCUGCCAGGCCGACGAUCGGAGGCAAGUACUGCCUGGGCGAGAGACGGCGGCACCGCUCCUGCAACACAGACGACUGUCCCCCAGGCUCUCAGGACUUCAGGGAAAUGCAGUGCUCCGAAUUUGACAGCGUUCCUUUCCGUGGAAAAUUCUAUACCUGGAAGACCUACCGAGGAGGCCUGCUCACUCACGUGCCUAGCAGAAGGCUUCAACUUCUACACGGAGAGGGCGGCGGCCGUGGUGGAUGGGACACCCUGCCGCCCAGACACGGUGGACAUUUGUGUCAGCGGCGAGUGCAAGCACGUGGGCUGCGACCGGGUCCUGGGCUCUGACGUUCGGGAGGACAAGUGCCGAGUGUGUGGGGGUGACGGCAGUGCCUGCGAAACCAUCGAGGGGGUCUUCAGCCCAGCCUUGCUUGGGGCCGGGUACGAGGAUGUCGUCUGGAUCCCCAAAGGCUCCGUCCACAUUUUCAUCCAGGACCUGAACCUCUCCCUCAGUCACCUGGCCCUGAAGGGGGACCAGGAGUCUCUGCUGCUGGAGGGGCUGCCUGGGACCCCCCAGCCCCAUCGCCUGCCCCUGGCUGGGACCACCUUUCAGCUGCGACAAGGCCCGGAUCAGACCCAGAGCCUAGAAGCCCUGGGACCCAUAAAUGCAUCUCUCAUCGUCAUGGUGUUGGCCCAGACUGAGCUGCCCGCCCUCCGAUACCGUUUCAACGCACCCAUUGCCCGCGACGCGCUGCCUCCCUACUCCUGGCAUUACGCGCCCUGGACCAAGUGCUCAGCCCAGUGUGCAGGCGGUAGCCAGGUGCAGGCAGUGGAGUGCCGCAGUCAGCUGGACAGCUCAGCCGUGGCUCCCCACCACUGCAGCGCCCACAGCAAGCUGCCCAAGAGGCAGCGCGCCUGCAACACGGAGCCCUGCCCACCCGACUGGGUGGUAGGGAACUGGUCGCGCUGCAGCCGCAGCUGUGAUGCAGGCGUGCGCAGCCGCUCUGUCGUGUGCCAGCGCCGUGUGUCGGCCGCCGAGGAAAAGGCGCUGGACGACAGCGCGUGCCCACAGCCGCGCCCGCCGGUGCUGGAGGCCUGCCACGGCCCCGCCUGCCCUCCGGAGUGGGCCGCCCUCGACUGGUCGGAGUGCACCCCCAGCUGCGGGCCGGGCCUUCGCCACCGCGUGGUCCUUUGUAAAAGCGCAGACCAGCGCGCCACACUGCCUCCCGCGCACUGUGCGCCCGCAGCCAAGCCGCCCGCCACCAUGCGCUGCAACCUGCGCCGCUGCCCGCCCGCCCGCUGGGUGACUGGCGAGUGGGGUGAGUGCUCCGCACAGUGUGGCUUCGGGCAGCAACAGCGCCCCGUGCGCUGCUCUAGCCACACGGGACAGCCGUCACGUGAGUGCGCCGAGGCGCUGCGGCCACCCGCCACGCAGCAGUGCGAGGCCAAGUGCGAAAGCACGCCCGCCGGGGACGGCCUGGAAGAGUGCAAGGAUGUGAACAAGGUCGCCUACUGCCCCCUGGUGCUGAAAUUUCAGUUCUGCAGCCGAGCCUACUUCCGCCAGAUGUGCUGCAAAACCUGCCAGGGCCGCUAGGGGGCGUGCGGCCUUCGGAGCUACGGCUGGGGUGGGGGUGGGGAGACCAGGCCUGCAACUGGCCAGCCUGAAGGAGCCUGAGGGGGCGGGAGCUAGGAGUGAAGAGUGAGUUGGAGCCGGAAGUUAUUUAUUGGGAACCCCUGAAGGGCCCCUGGCUGUGGGAAUGGAGAGGGGCUGGCCAUGCCCAGGGCCCCUCCUCUGCCCCUCUCCUUAUUCACGAGAUUCCCUCCUGGGUGGGUUUGAAGUAGAAACAACUGUUCGCCUUAGCGCACAUUCCACCCACUCUUGGGGAGCCCCCAACACAACCCUCGCCUUUGAUCGGAAUGUGUACUGUGAAGAGUGGGGGUGGGGAGGGGGAUCAGCCGGUGCCCUGCCCCCCCCCCCAGCACUGUCCUAAUCCUCCACUCUGAGCUGGGGGGGGUAGUCUAUGUCCGCUAUGGGGGAGGGGAUUAGCACCAUCUCCCUGACACCCUUCCCCAACCAGACUAGCUACAGGGGAGAGGCAGAGCUGGGAAGAUCCACCCCAUGCCCUGCCCUGCCUGCCCCAGGGGGACCCCGUCAUCCAGAACACCCAGGCCACCCCCAUCAUGGUGCUACAGGCCCUGCCCUGGGGCCCACACACCCCUCGCCAGGAAGCCCUACAUCAAUAAAGUUCUUUCUUGUGUAGA